AUGUCAUUUAAAGUCAACUGGAACACCCUAGAAACGGACUCGUUACGUUCGUGGACCACAGAGUUGCUAACUGACGCCUUAAACUCGGGGAGAAGACCUAACAUUCUAGCGUCAGAUAUCCAGAUCAAAGACCUCAAUUUCGGCAAAGUGGCUCCUGAUUUCGAGAUAUUAGAAAUUGGAGAGCUCGACAAGGAUAGGUUCAGAGGGAUCUUCAAAAUUAGCUAUUCUGGAGACUUCCACUUGACCCUUCAUACUAAAGUGCAAGCGAACCCGUUGAAGAUCUACUGCGACAAUUCUCAGGAGAAGGAAGUGUCGUCGCUCCAGUCGUUCGUUACUCCUGACUUUCUAUUAUCGGUUGAACCGUUCAAUCUUCCUCUAGAUCUAAAGUUGAGUGACAUCAAGAUUUCUGGGAUCGGCAUCAUUGUGUUCUCCAAGAGCAAGGGAUUAACUUUGGUCUUCCGCAACGACCCACUUGACUCCAUCAAGGUGAGUUCCACAUUUGAUACGGUCCAGGUUCUAGCUAAUUUCUUGCAGAAGCAGAUUGAGACUCAAAUCAGGGAUUUGUUCAGGGAAACGUUGCCCACUCUUUUGCAUAAGCUCAGCUUGAAGUAUGUUUCUGCUCUUACUCCUAACGAGGUGAUGAAUAACAUAAAAGAUCAUUUGAAUUCGCCGGCAUACUCAAAUAGCUUGGAUUUCUCCGAGUCACAGACUAUCUCAUCCAACAAUUUGAGACGCCUUGCAAGUCUUUACAGCUCAAGGGAAACUCUCAAUUUGAAUGUUCCCAAGUUUAGGCGCAUCGUGCAGAGAAACAGUCUAGAAAAGUUCAACAAGCAUCUCUAUCCAAACUUGGUCAACUCGUUGUACUCCAAGUUGGAUAUCGACACACCUGUAGCUGCAACCAACAGCAACAAUUGUGUUCCUGUUGAACUUUUCGCUCAAGAUAACUUUUCCAGUGUCGAAUGUAUUGUCAAGGAGAUAUCUAGUAUCCAAGGAAAGUCCUUCAAAUCGGUCAACAGCAACGAGAAGACGUCACCCAAGAGAAGAACGAUUAAGAUGGGUAGCAAGAUGAGGAAAAAGAAGCAGAGUAUUGAACAGCCAGCUUCAAGCCCAGCGGUACAGGACUCCUCGAUGCUUAGAUCGACGACCAUGUCUAAGACCGCUACAGAGUACUGCGACUCGUCGUCUGACACCUUUGUGGAUGAGGAAUCUUCUGCUAGAGUCGAACAACCUACACCCAAGCAAGACUUCAACAAGCGUCCACCUUUGGUUAUUCAUUACAAUCAUCUUGCGCACAACCCUUUAAGCGGAUGCCCUUCUCCCUUGAGCUCGAACUCUUCUUUUAUCGGCGGUGUAGGCAUCGGGAACCCAUCGUUCUCAUUAGCCCAUGCCCCACCUAUCUCUACCUCGCCAAUAGGUAAAAAGGAGAAAUCAGAGGAAGUGAAGGCAAGAGAACUCAAAGUAAAGAAGUCUUUGAAUCAUAUCGAUAUUGGAAGGAUCAAUGAGAAAUUACAAAUGCAUUUGAGUGAGCGGAAGCCACCUUCAGAGUCUGCGGACAAGCGACACUACGAGGGCGAGGAAGUUGAAGCGCCUCCACCACCAUAUCACCAUAUCACCACAUAA